AUGGACAGGGUGCCCUUCUGCUGCCUGCUCUUCCUAGGACUCCUGAGUCCACUCCUGUCCCUCCCCGUCACGGACACUGGCGAAAGGUCUCUUCAGCUUCCAGUGCGUGAGAAAGAUGCUCUUCAGGUUCUGGAGGAGCUGGAGAGGACGGCCCUCCUGCAGACACUGCGCCAGGCCCUGCGCACGGAAGCAGAAGCAGGGGAAAGCCCUGGAGAAGCAGAUCCCAGCGCUGAGACUCCCACUCCACGGGGGAGCCUGAGGAAGGCUAUUGCUGGGCAAGAUUCUACCACGGUACUGAGUCGUCUUUUGGCAAGAACCAGGAAACAACAUAAGCAACACGGGAAUGCCCCAGAAUGCUUCUGGAAAUACUGCAUCUGA